AAUUUCUUUAGUUAUUUAAGCAGCAUUAUGUUAUGAGUUUGUAAAUUCUUGUUUUCCCUCCCCUCUCUCUUUUAAAUCUGCAUGUGGACAAUGGCGGUGGUCAUCCUAUUGGUCGGAGUUGUGUGCGCGGGAACAGCCUACUCGGCCUAUCAGGAUGAUGAGGCUGAAAAUGAUACUCAGGACUUCUAUGAUGGUUAUGAUGAAGAUAAUGGUGACUCCAAGGAUUUAACUAUACUGAAUCUUUUGACGCGAAUGAAGCGGUUUGAGGACAACGUUCAGAUAAGAACUCUUGAUCCUAAGGAGAUCCAUGAUGUGCAAGGAGCAUUAGGCAAGAUAUUUAACGACCAUCUACCAGAGUCAUUAACAGCACGAAUAAUCCGCCAAUACACAGACAUUUAUGACUACGUAGACAAUUCGAAGACCAGAUACGAUAACACGCGAAGAACUGAGAUCCCAACAUCAGAUUACGAGGACGAACCUAAAACUCUCAUAAAGACCUCCCCAGACCCUGUUCAGGAGUUCUCCGAAGAAUAUUUUCAUUACCAGCCAGCAGCUGAUUUGGAAAGGCUUAGACCUGCAGUGGAUUUUCAUGGUUGGCAGUCAGAGAUGGGUGGUGUUCAGCAGUGGGCUCCUGAAAUGGAUGUCCGUGGUAUACCGACGUUGGCGAAACUCAAUUAUGGUCCUACUUUUGAGGAUUUGGAAGCGACUACUAGUGACGUGCAAGUAGUUGAAGUUGGUGACAUGGUGCCCAUUAAAGACUUGCAGCCAGACUACCCCAGGAGCUCAACCCCAAGCCCUGAGGAGCAUACAGUCGGCUCUAUCGAAGCACAAACCUGGAUGCCUCUCGAAGACACCAUGCCGAAUUCGAUCCUGCAAGAGACAUCAACAUACAGUAACGACUACAUGUACGCUGAAGUGAACAAGCUGAUGCCUGACCCAGUGGGCACGGUGGAGGACUUCACGAGCUCCGAGGCUUCCACGAUAGACGUCCACAAGUGGAGCGCUUACACGGAAACGCCAUAUAUUGAGGAAUUAAGCACAUACAACCCAGAAGAAAUGAGGAAAGAUGUUCAGUACAUCAUGUAUCCGUAUGAGACCACCUCCGCAGUACCAACCUGGAUGGAGUACCUCCAGCGCGUUCAGACGUGGAGUCCUAGUGAUGAUGCCAAUAUCUUGCGGUCUACUAGUCAUGUUCCAAUCCAACGAGAAGAACCUACAACAACUUCAAGUUUAACAACAACAACAACAAAUACUACAGCAACAACAAUUGGAGUGACUUCGGAGUCGCCAACAACUUCGGAGUCACCGACAACUAUGGAGUCACCGACAACAGUCGCCAAUGUCACCAAGAGGUCGCCCCGCAUGGAUAUUAAUGCAAUCAUAGCUAUUAUUGCUAACCUGACUUACGAUUACGAGUGGAAUUUGACUGAGGAAUUCAAUAGGACGCUCAUUGAACACGGCGUGCCAACGUGUCCGACAGCCAGCACCCUGAGCACGACCUCCACCACGCCGGCGCCCUAUGACUUCGCGAACACCUCCAUUGUUGGGAAGUGCUUCGUGUGCGGCCUCAAGACGCCAGAGAUCCCGCGCGACGCCGCCUGCGCAGACGCGUUCUCGGGCGACUUCCUACCGCUCGCGCCUAUAGACGCGCGCUCGAGAGGCCAGAUCGCCACCUUCAGGAAAUACUGUCGACAUCUUGAUGUUCACAACUACGUGGAAAACCCAUCAGAGCCGCGCUCCAUCUACGGGCGCUUCACGGGCGGCUGCGGGGUGCGCUGGACGGACCUGACGGGCGUCUACACGCAGCGCACCUGCCGCGCUCGCUUCCGACCCAUGAUGGGCAAGCACUUCGCUAGCAAGAGGAUGGCCAAGUUGGAGCUGGCGCUUAUAAAUGUGGAGAACGGCUGCAUCAUCAGUCCCAUGGCAUCUUUACUGCCGAUGUCACGAGGUCUAUCUCUCUACGCGCGGUUCCACGCAUGUGUCUGCACGGGAAACUGGUGUAACCCUGCACCCUCGUACCUUCCUACCCUCCCCACUGUCGCCCUGCUGAUGACGAUAGCUAUAGUUAUCGGCACGAAUCUUGAGCUCUGACCUUCAACUGCGCAGAAAUAAUUUAUUGGGCCCCUUUUGUGGUAUGAAGUGAGGCGCGGGGG